UGUCCCUCUGUUCCAGAGGAAGCCUCGUUACCAGAAGAUGAAAUGCCGUGUGAAGGGGCUUUCCCUGAGAACACGGAGGUGAAGGAAGAAGAGUCCGAGGUGCUGCCAGAGGAUUCCACAGAGGAUUCCUGUCUCGGCUUGGAGAUACAGAAGUGCCCCAAAAACGAGUUGAUCAAAGCCAAGGGCAAGAAGAAGCCGAACCGGUGUGAGACCAACGGCCUCCUGAUGGGGAACUGCCGGCGCGGGUACGUGCGGGAAUGGUGCCAUCCCUGCACGGAGUGCGGGAAGCGCUUCCGCCUCAAGAUCAACCUCAUCAUCCACCAGCGCAGCCACGCCAAGGAGGGGCCCUACGAGUGCCCCGUGUGCGAGAUCGGCUUCACCAACAAGCGGCACCUGGACCUGCACCGGAGCAUCCACAUCAAGGACAGGGCCUUCGGGGCCAAGGUCUGGGGGAACGUCCACCCGGAGCUGCGCGUCCGCCCGCGGAGGGACCUCUGCGGCGGCACCCCCGGGCUGGGCAACGGCAUCCACGCCGGGGGGGCCUGGCUGGGCCAGCCCAAGGAGGAGCCGGACGGAGGGGGCCUGCCCGGCGCCGGGACCGCGCGGCCGCCGAAUCCCAAGAUGAAGUGCAUGUACUGCAAGAGGGUGCUGUCCUGCUCCGUGUCGCUGCAGCGGCACCUCCGCACCCACCUGCGGGAGCGGCCCCACUGCUGCAGCUCCUGCAACAAGUGCUUCACCCGCCGCACCCACCUCCUGCGCCACGAGAAGAUCCACGAGCGGGCCCUGCCCGCCACUGCCAUCCCGGCACCCCAGGAUCCCGUGGUUCCCGGGGCCCAGAGGAACGUUUCCAAGGGCAACACGAGCCCCAAGCCGACAAAAGCGGGUCCACCCAACGUGCUCCUGCUGGGAGCGACGCAGCUGGAGCUCCCGGACAAGGGCUGCCCCCUUCCCAACUGCGUCGGGAGAGCCGUGCGGCCCGUGGUCCGGCUGGGAACCAGGGCGGCGCUGUCGGCGAUGAUGCAGAAAUGACCGCGGGGCAGAUCCCAACCGGGCGUGGCCCCGGAGAAAAGCUGUGAGCGUUGGGUUUGCACGUGGUGGGGCACCAGGGUUGGGAAUCUGCUGCGUUUUAGGAGCUUCCCCGAGCUGUAGAAGGAAUGGGAAGCACGGAGACCACCACGGAGAGCAAACUGCAGGAGCCUCCAGUGACCCAAAAUGCUUCACCGUUCCACUGACUCUCGUGCCCACUGGCUGAUGCUUGGAAUUUUGCCAAGCUGACUUGCCUGGGAGAUGACCAGGUCAAACAGCAGCUGAGCUCUCUCAUUACUUGACACUGGAACUGACCCCUUGCCUUGGGAACACAACUGGGGACAGGGAGAAGGGAAUGGAGUGGCAGCAUUCCCAAGGAGCCCUUCGCUCCACCGACCAAGCUUCCUGACCGAGAUGCUGGAUGAAGGGAGACCCCACCACGUCCUGGCCACACUUGUCACUUCCCAUCCCAGGAAGGAAAUCCACCAACCCCUCCAGGAGGUUGGGAACGCCGGAGCUUUGCACUGGAAGAUCCGUAGAACAAAUCAAACCCCACUGUUCUGAUCUUGCAUAUUCCAGGGGUCCUGGCCAGUUCAUCAGGGACUCUUGGGACCAUCCUGCAUGGAUGCAGUCAUUUUGGGAAUACUUGAUGGGUCAGCCAGCCCUGUGCUGCCAGCAGUACCUGAUCCUCGUGGAUCUGCCAUGGCAGCCACCGGCUCCCACUCCCACUCUCCCAGCCACAGCUCAUCUCCUUGUGCCCCAAAUCCCACCGUAACAAAUCCCAAGGGAAACCAGUUCUGCAGCUACCUCAGCCGGAGGGGAGUGAGACCUGCCCGGAGGCAGCCAGUGAAAGCCAGGCCUGGCACCGCUCCGGCAUCCCCGGAGCCACCGGAACGUGUCCGUGGCCUGAGCCCCACACUCACCCCACACACUGCUGGUGCACGGGGAACGUCCCUCCCAGUGCCAUCGCCACACAGACCAACAGAGAAGCUGUUGGGACUCUUGAAUUUAGUUUUCCAGGUGGUUUUUUUUUUUUUUUCCUUGAGUUGUUUAAUGUAGUUACCUGACGUCCCAAAGUUUCUGUCCCUCUCCACGCAGUGAGGCGGGGACCUGGCUGGCUUUUCCCAUCUUUCGUUCCUGGCCAUUCCCAAGGUGUGAUGGUGCUGCUGUGGGAAGCUUUGGGAGCUGUGCCACAUCCAGCUGUGCCCCUCAGCUGCCUCCCUGCCCCUGGGAGGGACAGCAGUGUCUGAGCUGCUCCAUGGGGACACACACCAUGUCCCACAGCUCCUCCAGACCAGUGUCUCACAAUUCCUGCCCCCGGGAGGAUUCAGGAGGGGUGACAACAGCAGAUGGGUCACUCUGUGUUCCCAAUGGGAUGUAGGGGCGGUUGAUGCCUUAUGGAUUGCAUAUGGAUUACCAUAUGGAUUACCAUGGAUCUGGCAGUGAGCCCAUGGCUGGUUAUCCCUGCGGGGGUGAUAUCCCAGGGAAUCCCAUGACUGAGCUGGUGGUGCCAGCGGGUGAUCCCCCCAGCCAGUGGAGGUGCCAGCCCCUCCUCAGGCCAGCAGCCCCAACUGGGGGCACUUCUAAAGCUGUUUCAACCAGGACCAGCGUUUCCUAUGACAUUCCCAAUCCCUUUCUCAGGAUGUGGAAUUAAUAAAGUAUUUGCCUCUA